AUGGUAGAUGGAUACGUUGUGUGGUUCAACUCCACCGACGGCGAGAAAGAGUACACGUUGGCAUCUCCCCACGAGAAGCACAUCGUUAUGGGUCUUGAGCCGGAUACGACCUAUGCAUUUCGAGUCGCAGCGAUCUCAGCUCGAGGGCAGGGCGAAUUUUGUGAGCCCGUUGUGAUCAGGACCUUGCAAUCGACGCCUACCGGACCCCCACGCCUUCUGAACGUCACCGCUAUCUCGUCUACGGCUCUGCAUGUGCUGUGGGCUGCUCCGAAUGCUAGCGAGGGCCCUGUGGUUCAGUAUCGUGUACGGUACCGUGUUGUGACCACCGAGAAUGCCACAUCGUCGGGUGAGAGCACGAGCUAUGAGGAAAUCGUCGACGAUGAGAUUCUUGCCACGAAGGCACCCAUUUGGCACAGCAUUCUGUGGAACGCAAGUGAUGUGGUGGUGAAUGUGACUGGCUUACAACCGUUCACCGUCUAUGAGGUCACCGUCGCAGCUGCCACUGUAAAUGGCUUUGGACCGGAGAGUAGCCCGCUACGACGACGGACUCAUGAAGAUGGUGAGAAUCUUGGUUUGGUCGAUAUUUUCUUAAAGUUGAUGUUUUCAGCAGACAAUGAAGAUUCUCUCCCUGGUAAGUUGGUGUUGUACAGUAGUGUACUGUGA